UUGAACUUUCUUGUGUAGUUUCUGCGGCGCGGAGGUGUCCGUCCCCGGCGCAGCCCGGCACCAGCCCGCCGAGCGGGAGCGAGCUCGCCCCGGCGCCUGCAGCCCCCCGCGCCGCCCGGCCGCCCCUCUGCCCUCGCCGCCCGCAGAGCGAUGGUGCGGAGGGCGCCCGGCGUGUCCCUCGCCCUGCUCCUCUGGGUGACGGCCGCCUGCGGCAGCCCCGACGGGCCGGGGGCCGCCGCCGCCGCCCGGAGGCAAGACGAGGCGUUCGCCGCCGCCAGAUGCACCUCCAGGUGCCUGAGCCUCCAGAUCACCCGCAUCUCCGCCUUCUUCAAGCAUUUCCAGAACAAUGGGUCGCUUGCUUGGUGCCAGAAUCAUAAACAGUGUUCAAAGUGCCUGGAGCCCUGCAAAGAGUCCUGGGACCUGAAGAAAAACCAUUGCCAAAGCUUCUGUGAGCCUCUUUUCCCCAAGAAGAAUUAUGAAUGCCUAACUAGCUGUGAAUUCCUUAAGUACAUCCUGUCUGUGAAGCAAGGGGACUGCCCAGCUCCUGAGAAGGCCAGUGGUUUUGCAGCUGCCUGUGUUGAAAGUUGUGAAGCUGAUAUUGAAUGCUCUGGAGUGAAGAAAUGCUGUUCCAAUGGAUGUGGUCAUACGUGCCAAAUUCCAAAAAAUCUGUACAAAGGUGUUCCACUGAAACCCCGGAAAGAAUUAAAAUUCAUAGAACAUCAGUCUGGAGACCUGGAGGUGAAAUGGUCUUCAAAAUUCAAUAUUUCCAUUGAGCCUGUGAUCUAUGUUGUUCAGAGGAGAUGGAAUCAAGGAAUCCAUCCAAGUGAGGAUGAUGCUACAAACUGGCAAACUGUGGCACAGACCACGGAGGAGCGCGUUCGGCUGCCGGACGUCCGCGCCAGCCGCUGGUACCAGUUCCGCGUGGCCGCCGUCAACGUGCACGGGACCAGGGGCUUCACGGCGCCCAGCAAGCACUUCCGCUCCUCCCGAGAUCCAUCUGCUCCACCAGCUCCAUCUAAUAUCAGGAUUGCCAAUAUCAGUGCAAACAAUGAUGGAAGUGUAAAUGCAAUGAUUACUUGGGAUCUUCCAGAGGAGCCUGAUAUCCCAGUGCACCACUACAAAGUCUUCUGGAGCUGGACAUACAGCAAAUAUGUAAUUCCAGCAAAAAAAAAGAGAAGGAAGAUUACCAAUGGGGCCCAAAAUUAUGUGGUCCUGGAGGGGCUCCAACCCAACAGCAACUACAAUGUAGAGCUGCAGGCAGUGACACGCUGGGGUCAGAUACGCCUAAAAAGUGCUAAGGUUUCUCUCCAUUUCAGCACAACUCAGGACAUCAGGAAUAAUAAGGAACGCACAUCUGGGAAACCACAGAAAGGACUGGUAGAUCCCUACCCAACCUUUCAAAGAAGGAAAACCGCUCGUUUUCUUAAAAUUGGAACUCCCUUCUAUCAGGACAAUCAACUUCAGGUCAAAGUCUACUGGAAGAAGACAGAUAUCAGCAUGAAUCAAUUCCAAGUCCACUGGUUACUGGAGUCCUGUGCACACAAUGACACCAAAGGACAAAGGAAAGUCACAGAGCUGACUUAUGAAAACUACAUUAUUCUGAAGGACCUGUCAUUUUCAUGCAAAUACAAAGUAACUGUUCUGCCUGCAAAAUCUAAAGGUCGUUUUAAGGCUGAGAGUACUUUCUUUGUUACCCCACCUUGCUCUGCAUUUAAAGAAAAAAAACACAAGCACAUUAAUUGUCCUGCUGAAGGAGCACCAGUUCUACCCAAAGUGUUGGCCAAACCCGAGAAUCUGUCUGCAUCUUUCAUUGUUCAGGAAGGUAACAUCACUGGCCAUUUUUCCUGGAAGAUCUCUAAGGCAGACCUUCACCAGCCCAUGACAGGGUUUCAGGUGACUUGGGCAGAAGUGACCACAGAGAGCCGGCAGAACAGUUUACCCAACAGCAUCAUCUCACAGUCACAGAUCCUGCCAGCUGAUCAUCACACACUGACUGUGCCCAACCUGAGGCCCUCGAUGCUGUACCGCCUGGAGGUUCAGGUGCUGACCACUGCUGGGGAAGGGCCAGCCACCAUCAGAUCCUUCCGCACGCCCGACCUCCCUCCUUUUGCUCCCCACAGACCUCAUCUGAAGCAACAUCAUCCACAUCACUACAAGCCAUCCCCAGAGAAAUAUUAGACUGUUUCAGAUGAUCAUACAGAUAACUGAGGGAAAAAAACUGAGCUCCCAAAUGAGGGCUGGGUAACAGCACAUCUGUUGGAGCAAUGAACCCAGUUUUCCAAUGGAAGUUACCAUCCUGUAUGAUCUGUAUCUACUUCUCUGUAGUUUAGCCAUGAAGAAUUAUGUUUGCACCAUGACCAGGAUGAAUCAUACAGCAAGAAUCAUUUCAGUACCAGCACUAUUCAACAAACUGAAGAUCACAUCCAACUCAACGCCUGUGAGAAAAUGUUCAUGAUCUUGUUCGUUAUAAUGUUUUCAUAUUCUGUGUUUAAAGUAGGUUGAAACAAUGCAGUGUAUACAGCUUUUCUCUUAUUGAAUUCAAUGUUACUAUUUGCAAGGUUCUAUGAUGUAUACAUACUUUUGAAAGAGGCCAUGUUCUCAUCAGUGGAUUUAAAGUCUCUAUUUUACUUAAAGCCCUGCCUGUCACCAAUUUAAGCCCUAGUGUAUUGUGCUAUUAAAGGAUAUCUCCAUUUGUCUGAAAUAAGGACAUAAGUAAAAUAAACACCAGUAGCAGAAAUCCUGAGAUACCCAGUUUUUAAUAAUUGCAGUGUCACCAUGGAGAGGAUGGUGAUACAUAUGUAUCACCCAUCUGGUCUAAAAUGGUAAUGUUCUAUCAUAAAGAUCUUCUAUUAAUAUAGUCAAUAGUUAAAGGACAUACAGGGUAGAAAUACCAUUGUAGAGAAACAAAUGGAGAUUAGUAGAAUUGUUUAAAAUUGAUGGCAAUGGAUACAAUUAAUUGAUAAGACAUAGAAGAAUAACUUUUAAAAUGUUGCUUACAAUUUUUUGAUACAUAAUAUUUCAAGGUAUAAUAUUAUCUUGAAUAGAAACACCUAUUUUCUAGUUAAAAAAUCUGAAUAGUUAACAUUAAAGUUUUAGAAUCUGAAACUCUAAGGCACAUUUAUUAUUCAAGUAGCUGUUUAGCUACUUUUUUGGCUUUGAAUUGUGGUGCACAUAUUUCUUUUCCCUGUGGAUCUUUAGAACAGAAGGAUAGAUGCAUUGGCUCUAUUUCGCUGUUCUGCUUACAGAAAGAAUUAUGUGACAAUAUUCUGGCAUCUGGAAAACAUUGGCUUAUAGUUUAUUUGAAUUCAUUUUUCAAAUUUAGACAGAAGGGUGCCCUUUUUAACCAUAAGGGAAUUCAUAUUGCCUUAUUGUGCAAUAUAAACUGUCUAGAAUAAUUUGUCACACAGAGACACAUGUCUCAAUAGUAAACAGAAACUGCUUGGAUUUAUUAUUGGGAGGGUGGAAAGUAUCUGCCAAUAAACAUCCAUACAAACACCCAUAAUCAGCUCUUAAUGUUCAAGAUGCUCAAAGUGCUCCUGAAUUCUUUGGCACAGUUUCCAGUGCUCCUUGAAUCAUCACAUCAGACUAAAAAACUUGACUCCAACUGAACAAAGUGGCCACUUUUUCUACCAGCAGAUGCUACAGGCUCAUCUGUGCUUCAUAUUUUUCUGACAUAUUCAGUAAGAGGAGUUCAGACAUUAGUGGUACAUGUAUUUACCUUGUCUGGAUGACAAACUCUUUUGUGAAAAAGCAACUAUGAAGAAAGACCUGUCUGAAACUGAGGAUCAGAGCUAUGUUUAUCAUACGAGAAUGUUCACAAAAUACUCAGUUUUUCUGUACUGAAGUUUACAGCAUUUGUACCACAGGGGAAGAAAGAAACCAUAUUAAUUCUUAUCACUUGCUCAUUACAAUUUUUCUAUAAUUUUACCUUCAGUUUUAAAGGGCUGUUUUCCACUCCUUUUCUAUUUUGCUUGUUGUGUUUUUUAGAUACUCACUUAGUGACCAAGAAUUUCCCCAGACAUUUUCUAUUGCUACAUAAAAUAUAUUAAAGGCUAUGGUGCUUUUAAUUCCUUCCUCUAUUUUUCAAAAUACCUUAACAAAUUAGCAGAUGAACUCUUCUUCCAAAAAUCUAUAGUAUAAAGGUUUAUUUUCAGUUUUUUCAGAAUGCCAGAGUCUGAGAUAUUUUUGUCAGGAUGGAAAUGUUUCAUGUGUAUGUUUUUGCAAAGAAACCAAAAUUUAUAUUGGACUGGUGUACAGCACUGCCUUCACUGCCUUUGGAUUGCACAGGGCAUAGAUGAGUCUAGAAGUGAUCUUUGUGGUGUUUGCUGGAUCAGCAGGAUCAGGGAAAGGAAUUACCUCAGGCUUCUCUGAAGAAUUGUGUCCAAACCUUUCAAUCACAGUCUGUUCUACUUGUGCUGGAUCAAAUCUUCAGUGACUUGAUCAAUGUUAAUGAAAUUACAUUUCAUUCAUAGUGACACUAUAAAGCAUGGAACUGCAGUGGGACUGUGAAGCAGAAAUGUUGGUCUUUGUUACAGUGAUGCCAGCUCAUUGGAGAUAAGCAGGAAUUUAGGAGCCCUGAGUCCUCAUAUAAUCAUCCUUCUGGGAAGAAUCAAAAUGGUUACUGUUUGCUGAUUCUCUCUGAAGCAUUCUUCUCUUCUAAGUAACAAGGUACUUGUGAAGAACACUGAGAGGUUUUCCCUUCUGAACUAGAUUGAUCAAAAACAGCAGUUGAUAAAGUAGAAAUCUAUUGAUCAAGUGUAUUAUAUAGAGUCCACUAAGAUGUAAAUUAUUUUUGUCCUUCUACAUAUGAUCUUAUCAACUCACCUUUUGAGUCACCCUCCAAAAAUAAAAAAUACAAAGUCAACAAAGCUCAUGCAUGGAUGUUAAAUUCCCAGCUGUGAGUGAUUUUGUGAUUAUUUUCUUUAAUUUAGCAGUACAGAUUUGAAGUGUUUUGUGCCUAAUUCUAAAGCUUUGUUUGCUGAAUCACACAGGGUAUUGUCCUAAUUUACUAGACUAAGCCACAUUAAACAUUUAAUUCAGCAAUGGAGUUGCAAUUUGCUACUUAAUUCCCUAGUUAAAGAUUUAUUUUCUCUAAUGAUGUUGUGUAAUUCAGAGUUAAUAUUGGGAUGAUAUUAGAGAUAUUAGUAUGCUUUAAGAUACUCUGCACCUUUACACUAAUGUAUUAUUUACUGUGUACGAUUCUGAUGGAUUUGUCAGUUGAAUUCAGGAUGCAUUUUGUUUGUUUUUAUUUCUUAAAGGAGAAUUAAGAGAUUAUGCUAUUUUUGCUAACUGCUUUGUGAAGUGGAUUUUUUCGUUCGUUGGUGAUUUUUGUAUAAGAAGAAACUAGUUUGUUGUCAUUAUAUCUUUUUUUGGACCAUUUUUGAGUUGUUUAUAGAGCAGGAGAAAAUAAGACAGAACUUGUGCAGUAUCAUCCAUGUGUACUAACUUGAAAAUUCAUUAAUAAUAUAGCAAACACAAUAAUUAAGAAGUCUGAUUUUUAAAAUACUGAACAUCCUCAACUUACUGGCUUCAGAAAGAGCUGAGGACACAAUGUGGAAAUGCUGACAUUGACAUGGACACUUGGCAUGGUCACACACAAAGUCAUUGCCAAUGUGAAUGGGAAUCUGGCAAUUCUGCUAAUUGGUAUUUGCAGAACUGUAUAGAAACCUUAAUACUGAGUCAGUUAAUUUCACUAUACUUUCAUCUUCAUGCUCCCAGUUGGAGUCAGGGGGAGUUUCCAAUAAGCAGGUCCUGAUUCAGGAAGGCUGACAAAGAGGAAGUCAGUGGGAUGGAGGUAAACCUGUGCUGUUAAGAGUGAGCUUUAGUGAUGCUUCAAAUCAAGCAAGCAUAGAUGUCAGAGUUUGUUUGAAUAAUGUCUUAAAUCAGGGCCUUGUAAAACAAAGUGGGGGAACCAGACAGUUCUAAAUUCUGUGUAAAACAGCAUAAAAAUUUUAUUUUUGUGUAUAUGUAAAUGUCAUAGUGAUAUUGACUUAUUUAUUAAUUCAUUUUCUUAUACUAUGUGCCAAGUAUGUUCCUACCCUUUUGAUCAGUACCUGUGAACAUCAAUUACUAAAAGCAAUGUUAUGCAAAACUUGUGCAUUUUAACCAGGAAUAUGCUAUUAAUAAGCUGUUGCAUGUAGUUUUCAAUGAUAAAGAAAACCCUUUAUUUAAAAAAUGUAAAUGGAUACCUGCAGAUGUUGAUGAUUAUAUGUGGGUUUGCAUGCCAAAACUCAUUGUUCAGUUGUGGGCAUGAAAUGUAAUGACUGUAUUACCUCUACUGAUAUAUUAGUAAGGUACAAUUUACAAAAUAAUUAACAGAGCUCUAUAUGUAAAAUUUUUCCUUUUUACUUAAUUAUAUUGUAGUAGAGGUAACAAAUGCUUAUCUGUUAACCAAAUUGGCUGUAGAAAUUAUGUUCCUAUAGCAGUCAUUUAAAGUCAAUAUUUAUUUAUGUAUGUAAUACAAAAAGAUUGGUCUUAAGUGUUUGUCCUGUUAUUUAGAGAAAGAAUAUACACUUGUAAAAACAUUUUGUAAAAAAAUAUAAAUGUAAAUAGAGUCUGAUUUCUUUUACUCACUAUUUUCAUGUUUAGAAUUUGUACAUACUGUUUAUGUAAUAAACUAUCCUACAUUGAAAUAUUGCUACAUUAUCUCCUCCAUACAGAAUUUAGAAUUUUGCUUUUCUUGAGUUGAAGAGAUAGAGCCACCUGAGAAAAAUCAGUGUCACACCAAGUACCUCUGCUUCAUCUAAAUCUCAUUGUGUAUGAAGUCAUAUAAUUUUAUCUUCUCUUUACUACAGCAUUUUGUUUUCUUUAAGUAGUCAUCAAAAAUAUCUGAAAAUAAGUUUAAAUAUCAUAUGAGUCAUUUACAUUGCAAACCAAUUCUGGAAGUAAAAAGUCAGGCAUAAGAGCUUGCUCUUUCUCAAUUCUGACUGGGUAGUUCACAGCGAAGAUUUGUUGAUUCUUUUGUUAUGCUAACUUAAAUUAAUUAAGUUGCUGGAUCGCUGCCAGUGGCCUGAUCCUGCAAGCCAAGAUUUUCAUGACUGAAACUCAUGGUGAGUCUGUGUAUAUACUAGAUUUGGAGUAUUUUCUGUUCUAAAGUGUAGUAUCCCAUGCUUUAAACUAUGUAUUUUUAACAAAUAUAAAUAUCUGGCUCAGUACAAAUAUUUAACUGUUUCAAAUUUGCAUAGAUGCACUAUUAUUCUCAGGUGCAAUAUCCUUAGUUUGGAGAUGCACCUUUGGGCAACUCUUAACUUCCCUAGUAAACUUUUUUUUUUUUGUUAACUUGAUCAAAAACUCCAAAAUUUCCUGGUAUUUCUAUCUCAUUAGUACAGCUGCUUACAUUUCUGGUUUUGAUUUACUUUUUACAUAAAUAAAUAAUAUUUAGAAACAUCCCUAUUGUUAAAUUUCUCUGCAAGUUGGACUUUUUCUAUAAUAUUUGCUGUUGUGGUUCAGUAAACCCAGAUAAGAGUGAUACAUCACCUGAAGAGUUGAAUGGGUAAGUUGUCAAAAUAAAUGUUCUAUACACUAUAAUUCAAAGUAGACAUUCAUUUUUUCUUUCCAUAUCUUCAAAUAAAUGUUUUAUUCUGUGUUGGAUUAAAGGACACAGUUACUGGGUUAAAUAAAGCACAUGAAAUAAGACAAAUUUGCUAUAUAUUGAACAGUAUUCAUCAUUUUGGGGGUGGGUUUUUGUCAC